AUGUCAGAGGCAGUCGAACCAUCGGAAUGGCAACCAGACUGGCUUUCUGAGUUGGUGAACAGAUCAACAAGAUCGGCCAUAUUAUCGACACCCUUUACAAGUGACCAGACAGAAGGACACCUCCCAGCACCAUCUGAACAGCAAAAUGAUCCAAUCAGUUCAGGGAACUCUGCCAAUGCGAGUCAACCGCCUCUCGCAGACUCCGAGUCUACUCAUAUCUUUGACUAUCGCGAAGAAACGCGUCUUCCUGUGACUCCCAGUGGAGAAAGAAGUGUCCGGAGGACAUUGAAAGGGAUACAUUUAUUUGUGCGUAUAGAAAUUCUCUAUCAUAAUGCGCCACGCUCAUCAAACCAGAUGAUCACAGUCAAUGCAACGCUCGGAACAGGACUUUACUGGCGUGGCGGUCAAAUACUUGAACUAGGUGGCCCCUUGGCAGUGCUUGUAUCUUUUCUCGUCGUUGGGUUGCUAUCAUGGGCCGUCAUGCAAUGCAUUACUGAAAUGUUGUGCAUUUGGCCAAUACCUGGCGCACUAUCGGUAUAUGUGAGCCAGUUCGUUGACGAAGAACUUGGUAUUACUGUCGGUAUCACUUACUGGUUCACAUACUCAAUGUCGUUCUCUACGUUAGUGGCAACCUCGGCCGCGGAAUUCAAUUUCUGGCGCGGUAUUAAUGACAGUCGAACUAUCCAAGGCGUGGUCAUAUACUUCUUGAUCCCACUCAUAUUGGUUCUCCUUAAUACAAUGCGUAUUCAGAUAUAUGGAUGGCUAGAGGUAGCUACAGGAAGUUUGAAGAUAUUCUUUCUUAUUUUCAUUAUCAUUGCCCUCAUCGCGAUCAACCUCGGGGCGGGUUCGAAAGAGAGCCUCCACUAUGGCGCUGAGAAUUGGGGCUCACCUACCGACUUCGAUAGAGAUGCAGCCGAUAACUGGGUCAUUUCCCUGCUCAUGAGUAUAUCAAUUGCAACGUUCGCAUAUGUAGGAGUUGAAGUCGUUUCCUCAUCUGUGCUUGAAGCAAAGUCACCAAAUCUUUCCAAGGGCGGAGGUAACCCGUUCAAGUUCUCUGCUAUCUACAUUCCAGUAUUCGCGACAGUUGCAUAUUGCCUCAGUGGGGUUCUCGGGACAUUGGAUAUUGCGUGGAACCAUCCUCAUCUUCCUCGACUUAGCUGGCUUCCACCGGAUCUAAACAAAGAUGACAAAUCUCCAAGUCGUGCUGCCUUUGUUGUGAUUGCUUUGGCUUCCAACAUUCCGGGGCUAGAUGACACUUUCAACGCUUUUCUGGUGUUUACCUGUCUUUCCUGCGCAGCCACUAAUCUAUACGUCGCCUCACGAACGUUGUUUGGUUUAACCAGUCGGUUGGAAGGUGGUGAAGGCCGGCGGUGGUACUUACGUGUCCUUGCUUCGUUUGGGAAAACGGAUGGUCGUCAGGUUCCUUUACGGGCUAUGAUAUUCUCUGCAGUUGCGUUCUGGUGGUUUGUUGAAGUGCUAAGUGAAAUGGCAUCUGUAAGUGUUUUGCACGUUUGGGCUUGCGAAUGUCUAGCAUUUAUUCGCUUCUAUCGGUGCAUCUAUCAACAUCGGGAAUAUCUUGAGCGUGAAAACAUCGCUCUGGUUCAGCGCUGGAGUGUAAAAAAUUAUUCCGACUACCCGUACCGCAGUUAUGGACAGCCACUGCUUGCAUAUCUAGCACUGUCUGGAUGUAUAUUUGUUUUGUUGGUGGCUAAUGGAGCUGCAUUGUGGAACGGCUUCCACCUUUUACCUUUCCUCGCCUCAUACCUAACUGUUAUUGUCUUCAUUGGCAUUUGGAUUCUGUUGAAGAUUUUUCGGUCGGCGCCGUGGUCUUUCGUCGAUCUUUCACAACCUAAAAGAGUUGCCGAGAUAUUCAGACAUCUGCAUGAUAUCCGUUUGGGUGGAACGGAUUCUACUGAGGAUAUUUCGGAAGGUUGA